AUGCAACUCAAGUCUUUCACCCCGUUUGUUAGCCUUGCGUUCUGGUCUGCGAUGCCCUCACCUGCUGUUUUAGCCCAUGACACGGAUGCCGCCGCCGCCGAAGUUAGGCAUCGCUAUGAGUUGGGAUCAUCGAUGCAGUUACCACUGGUUACCACCCCAAGCUGGUGGUCGAAAUACUGCUCAAUGCCUGACUGCAACCAAGCUAGCGGCGGCAUUUGCGACGUACGCACUGGACAACAGGCCACCCCUGGCUGAAAAAUUCGGAAUACCAGGCAGCGUCGUUUCCCUCUUGUUCAGUUCCAAUAUUUCUGGUCUUGGGGUCCGACUCUUCACCGGAGCCGGCUGUACCGGCAACGCAAUAGAUUUCUGGCCUGUUAACCCGAUCGAUUGCGAGAAUUUCCACGACGGGCUACCUUGGGGCGCUGAGUCGUUUCUCGUAUUCUAGACAUAUGUAGGACUGGCUGCUACGUCUG